AUUCUCACCGAAAAAAAAUGGAAAUCCUGCUAUAGUAUAAGCACUCCAGAGUCGAGGACUAAACAGAAAGCUGCUUCCUGUCUGUAUCUCACAUCUAAACACAAAACAAAACAUUGGGGUUUCAAAGAGUUGAAGAACACACUCUUAGUCGAUUCAUUCAAAAUCAACCAUGGAGAAUCAGAUUUCACCCGAGGAGGAGACCACACUGAUAUCCUCCUUUCUUGAAAUCGCUGCUGGUCAGACAGCAGACACUGCUAAACACUUCUUGGAGGCCACUGGUUGGAAGCUUGAAGAUGCUAUUCAGCUCUUUUAUGUUGGAAAUGAUGUUGGUGGUGUUGCGUCAUCUUCAGAAUUUCCUCCUUUGAAGAAUGAGAGAAACCAUAUUGAUGAAAAUCUGAGUGGACCAGGAAAGGAUUCAAGUAAUGAACAUGCAUCGUUACUCGACGAAUCUGAAGUAAGAGCUCCUUUGCCAGUAAAGAGGGAUGUUCUCUAUGAUGGGCCUCUGCUUUAUGGAGCUUCUAGAAUGGGCAAUACUUCUCGCGAAGCUCGUGUAGUUGUACCAUUCCGCAAUUUUGACCAGGAACUAAAGCAUCCUGGGAUUUGGGAAGCAGACAAAUCUUCAGCAUCUGGAGUUGAUAGUUCACGAGAUAAUCUAGCCUCGUUGUAUCGUCCACCUUUUGGUUUAAUGCUCAUAGGCCCCUUUGAAAAGGCAAAAGAUGCAGCUAAAGGUCAGAACAGAUGGCUUCUGGUCAAUUUACAAUCCACAAGGGAAUUUAGCUCUCAUAUGCUUAACCGAGACACUUGGGCAAAUGAAGCUGUUGCUCAAACCAUCAAAUCGAAUUUCAUCUUCUGGCAGGUAUAUGAUGACACAGAGGAAGGCAGCAAGGUCUGUACAUACUACAAGUUGGAUACAAGUCCUAUGGUACUUGUUAUUGACCCCAUUACGGGACAGAAAAUGCGAUCAUGGCGGGGAAUGGUUCAACCAGAGACAUUGCUGGAGGAUCUCAUACCAUUCUUGGAUGGUAGCCCUAAGGAUCAUCAUAUCAGUUUGUCUCAUAAACGACCAAGAGAAACUUCUCAGGCUCCGCCUCAGAAAGUGCAAGUGGCAGCGGAUGAAUCUAACGAGGACGAGGAAAUGCUACAAGCAUUAGCAGCUUCAAUGGAAGGCAUCAAAGAUGCGAGUGGUGUCAUAAAAGAUAUGGAUAUAACAGAUGCUGAAGAAGAAUGCAAGUUGAAGAAACAAACAUAUCCACCCUUGCCUGAAGAACCAAAAGCUGAUAAGAACCUCCUUUGUAGGGUUGGUGUGCGACUUCCUGAUGGACGAAGGCUGCAGAGGAAUUUUCUACGCACUGAUCCGAUACAGCUGCUAUGGUCAUUUUGCAAUUCUCAACUGGAUGAAGCUGAUGCUCGACAGUUCAAGCUGAACCAAGCAAUCCCGGGUGCUUCAAAAUUUUUAGACUAUGAAAGCAACUUGACCUUUGGCGAAUCUGGUUUGGCAAACUCAAUGAUAUCAGUCACCUGGGAGUGAUGGGAGUGAAGGGCAGGACAUGUAUAUGCCUAAGAAUAUUUCAUUUUUUUAUUUUAGGCAGAAGCUAGUUUCAAAAGAUAAUACUUUUGCGUUUUCAUAAAGUCUUUCGCUUGGUAUAUUGAGUUCAAUAGAAUUGAAUUGUUAUGGAUAAGAAUACACAUAGUAAACCUUACAUGUAUAUAUUAUGUGCAUCCCGACUGACGGCUUGCAACUGUUUUCAUUA